UCGUGGUGAUGGUUUGCUUGAGUAAGUCGAAAGCGUGUUGGCGGCGAUCGUUCCAAUGGAAGGGCUCAUCCUUGCGGGUGAGUUCGUGGAGAGGGUAAGAGAUCUCGGAAAAGUUGCGAAUGAACGGGCGGUAAUAGUUGGCAAGGUCGAGGAGGGAACGGAAUUGGAGGAGCAUCUUGGGUGGGGGGUACUCGACGAGGGUUGUGACCUUCCAGGAGUCCAUACGAAUGCCUUCAACGGAGGCAAUAUGGCCGAGGUAUUCGACGCUCGAAGCGGCAAACGUACAUUUGCUGAGCUUGGCGUAGAAUUUUUGCUCUCGGAGGAUCGAGAGGACUUGGCGGAGGUGCUGAAGGUGGGACUCGAAGGUGGGGCUGAAGACAAGGAUGUCAUCAAGGUAGACGACGACAUAGACUUCGAGGAGGUUGCGGAAGAUGUGGUUCCUGGUAGAUUGGAAGGUAGCGGGGGCAUUGGUAAGGUGAACUCGUCCGAGGAAGUGAUGGAGGUGGUGUCUUCGGGGGUGGUGGAAAAAGCGGGUACAGGAGGUGCCGGGCGGGGGCUGGUGGUGGGGGUGGAGGAGUCGAUCGUGAUGAAGCAUGCGAGAGAGGAGGUCAGCAAGGGGCAUGUCGGGUUCGUGGGCAAGGGCGGUUGCAAGGUCUUUGUGGCAUACUCGUUUGAUGCGGGAGAUGAACGCAAAGUCAGGAAUGACGGUGUGGGGGAGGUGGUGGUGGAGGGAGCGGACAUAUUGGACGAAGCGGUCCGUGGGACCGGUCUGGCGGAGGUGGCAGAAUUGUUCAAGGUAGUCGUCAACAGUUUUCUGGGGGCGGAAGGUGGCAGUGAGAAGGUUGGCCCAUCGGAGGAAGGUGUGACGUGGUCGUCCGGAGGCUCGGCGGUUGCUARCUUCAGCCAUCCACCAUUUGGCUGCAUUGUCGAGGAGGCGGGAGGUGUCAAUGGGGAGCCAGCGGGCAAGGGGCAUGUGGUGGAGSUGAAAAGAGUUCUGAAGCUGGAUGAGGGAGGAGGUGGAGGGAACGGAACGGUGGUGGAGGUUGAAGGGUUGGUGGAUGUGGUGGUAGAGGUGGCAGGAGUGGAGGAGGUCGGCGGGGGGGUGUUGCUGGAGGCGGCUGUGGAGGAGGGAGUGGCUUGCGCUGUGGAGGAUGGAGUGGUUUGCGUUGUGGAGGGGGGAGUGGUUUGUGCGGUGGUGACGACCGUGAUGGAGGGGAUGGUCCCUUCGAUCGUGGUGACGCGGUCGCAUAUGGACGACAUGUUGGCCUUUAUGUCGUCGAGAGAGGCGGUGACGGAGGUUCGAAGGGUGUUGAGUGCAUGGAGGAUGGCGGAGAGGUCGGGGAUGGCGGUGUUUGUUGGUGGUUGUUCACCUGCGAGGUUGCGGGCGAUGCUAUUGACAGAGUCGGUGCGGAUGUCAGACAUGUUGAUGGAGGAUGCGGCCAUGUCGGGGAAAGAGGGGGUGGAGGACGUGGCCUGAACAGGUGUGGAGGAUGCAGCAGCAGAAGUGGCGGCGGCGGCGGCGACACGUUGGGAGUUCUUGGUUUGGCAUGGUGGCAUGUAGAGGUGGGGGGGGCAAUCCCUUAUUUAUUUAUCAAUAAAUUCAAUAUAAAGAU